AUGUACGUACACCCAGACACACUGUUCACACUCGCGAACGCGAUAAUAUGCGUUUUAAAGAACCACGCGAGGUCAACGCAGAAACAUCCUCACCGUACACGGGAACACCACACCAAUCACGGAUUUUUCGAAGACUUCCCAGACAUUGACCCGUUCGGGGAAGAUCGGAACACUCGAGCGUCAACGAAAUUGUCCGAGUGUGACGUCAACUCGGUGAACAGUAGAGGCCAGGGUUUUGUUACUGUAAAUUUGAUAGCUAUUUCAUGUAAAUAUGGUCGAGUAAAAACUCCGAAAUGCGACAUUUUGAAGGAGGAGCACUUUACAAUUUGAUUGGUUCUUCAAAUA